UUUUAACUGAGAGUCGACGGAGAGUUCACGUCGGGUAGCUUCAUACAGGUUGAGUAAAUCCUGCCUUAUUUGCAGAGCUGAGAAAGGUCUAAGGACUUAAUUCUCCCGGAUUUUGUCCAGAAUUGACGGUCAGACAGAGGACUAAACGGUCGGGGAACAGUGGUGCUGCUGUUAAAGAGACAUAAUGGCUGCACUGCGUCGUCUGAGGCAGUGCCACCCCACAGGCACUGCUCUCUCCCAAUUUCACACAAGCAGCCAUGCUUCUGCUAAACAGCAUUACAAAAUGCUUGUGCUCGGAGGAGGAAGUGGAGGCAUUUCAAUGAGUGCACGAAUGAAGAGGAUGUUUGGAGCUGGAAAUGUGGCUGUUGUGGAGCCCAGUGAGAUGCACUACUAUCAGCCUAUAUGGACCCUGGUUGGUGCUGGUGCAAAAACGUUGACCUCAUCAGGUCGGUCCACUGCGAGUGUUAUGCCGUCUGGUGUGAAGUGGGUGAAAUCUAAAGUUCAGGAAAUAAAUCCAGACAAAAAUACUGUCCUCACAGACGAUGGGACUGAAAUCUCUUAUGAGUAUUUGAUUGUGGCGCUUGGCUUACAACUCCAUUUUGAGAAGAUCAAAGGACUGCCAGAAGGAUUUGAUCACCCAAAGAUUGGAUCAAACUACUCAGUCGAAACUGUGGGGAAAACUUGGAAAGCUCUGCAGGACUUCAAAGAGGGAAACGCUGUGUUCACUUUCCCAAACACUCCUGUGAAAUGUGCAGGAGCCCCACAGAAGAUCAUGUAUCUUACAGAUGCCUAUCUCAGAAAGACGGGUAAAAGAGCAAAGGCCAACAUCAUAUACAACACGUCGCUCCCUGUGCUCUUUGGGAUCAAGAAAUAUGCUGACUCAUUGUGGGAAAUUGUGAAACAGCGUGACCUACAAAUUAAUAUGAGGCAAAACCUGAUCGAAGUGAGGGCAGAUAAGCAAGAAGCUGUGUUUGAAAAUCUUGACAAACCAGGCGAAACCAAAGUGUUUCAGUAUGAAAUGCUUCAUGUCACACCACCAAUGGGACCCAAUCUGGUGGUUAAAGGCAGUCAGCUGGCAGAUGAAGUUGGCUGGUUGGAUGUCAGCAAAGAUAACCUUCAACAUAAGAGAUAUCCAAAUGUGUUUGGGAUUGGAGACUGUACAAACCUGCCCACAGCCAAAACAGGAGCUGCUGUCGCUGCACAGUCUGCUAUUUUGAACAGAACCAUCAGCCGAGUACUGAAAAAUGAGAAGCCAGACAGAACGUAUGAUGGCUACACCUCGUGCCCAUUGGUCACAAGCUACAACACAGUGAUUCUGGCAGAGUUUGAUUACAACGGACAACCACUGGAAACAUUCCCUGUGAACCAAGCCAAAGAGAGCAGAAUCAUGUACCACAUGAAAGCUGAUGUGAUGCCUCACCUCUACUGGCACGGGCUACUACGGGGCCUGUGGGGUGGACCAGCACCAUACAGGAAAAUCCUUCAUCUCGGGAUGAAAUGAUACCAUCCAUUUGCAAGUUGAUGCUUACAUUUCCACUUUUAGGGAAAGAAGUAGCACAUUAUCUCCAUUAUCUGACCAACAAUGACAUUUUUAUAUUGGAGCCUAAAGCAAAGGUUUUUAGAGUUAUUUUUGUAUUUGCCACCUAGGUGUACCAGUGUAUUUUAUAAGCCAGUAGGUUUCACAUAAGUCCCAAAGCCGAAUAGGUAUAGCCAGGCUCUUUGAAAGUCAUCUAACCUCUUGCUGCAGGGUAUAUAAGUUAAUGUUGCCUACCUAGAGCCAAGAAACUGACCCUUGAAAUGAUCCCAUUGUGUAUAUUGAAAACUAAAAAUGCUGACAUUUUGGUAAAAUUGCAUGAUCAUUUUUUUUUUUUCACGAUAUUGGAGGUAUACUCAACUCUACAGCUGCAAUCAUUGUUGACCCGUUAUAAGGACUGUUGUGUUGACAGUAAUCAAAUCUCACAUCAUGGAUUGUUGAACAAAGAUUGCUGGGAAAAAAAUGUGUGUGUAUUGGUGAAAGUCUGUUAUUGUGUUUGUAGUGUAGCCAUUUUUCCAUUUCAUACAGUCUUCAGGUUUGUUGCCAGUGUGUGCGGUUCUAUAUUUAGUUCGUUUUUUGUGCUUCCACCAUGAGGGAUUUUUUUUCUUGGGGAAUGGCCAUGAAAAUGACCACAAGUGCUUUUCUUACACAUGUCAGAAAAAUAUUGUAAAUGAUUAUGCGAGUGCUUAAAUAAGUUGUAAUCCAGUUGGUGGUUAUACAGUCAGUGCUAACUUCAUUAUUGUAUUAGGAUUUGUUCAUCUAUAAUCAUUCAAAUGAAUGUGUAUACGUAUAAACCCACUUUAAUUGCUAUAACAGAACAAAUAAUUAAAACAAAUUGUAAAUAU